GGACAAUUGCACAAGGUCGUAUAUUACUUGCCUGCGUCGUCGCCCGAGAGUCGUCCAAGUCCAACACGGUUACGCGAGUUGAGAACUGCGAGAACGGUGCUGUUGUUAAAAGUGGAAUUUUUUUCUGUGCAAGGCGUAAGCGGUUAUUUUUACUUCUAAUAAUAAUUUUAACGGAAUGUGGCAAUAAGUGACAGGAAAACUGACCAUUCACCAAGUAGUUGUAAAACGUCAGAACAUAAGAUAAAACGUUGGUAUCAAAAUAAGACAAAAUAAAUAAAUAGGGAACAGAAUACACGGCCGUGGAGUGAUAAAAAAGACCUUAUCUCUAUCGCAAUAAAGUGAUGUUCGGGUAAUAAGUGUGACGUGAUCUCGGACUGAGAAAAUAUGGAGUUUUUGUUGUCUGUUUGGUGGCAACGCGAAUAACGCAUCAUGUGCUGGGAUAUUCAGCAAACGCUGCAGUUUUGAAAUAAUCAUCAUGGAUUGGAGAAUUCGAUGGCGCGCACAUAUGCGCCGGUGAAGUUUGUCGAGGCCACACACUUUUGAAACAGAACAAUGGACGACAUUCCUGGCCUAUGUGAUCAAGACAUCAGCAAAGAGACAGGUCUGGCUACAAUGGAAGAUGGCAGACAGGAAUGUUUGUCAGGUGUGAGAGAUGAGAAGAGUAGUGACAGUGAUGCUAACAGUGAGGACCUCAGUUCUAAUGAUGAACAAAUCAAUAUCAAUAGCAACUCUCAGUUCUAUGAGAGCAGUGAUAGUAAAUUAGAUUAUGCUGUAAAAAUAGAUGACAAUGAUACUUUAAGUGAUAUAGAUGAUAUUAAAACUGAUACUGCCUCUGCUGACAGUGAAGACUCAGCCCUUGGGAGCUUGCCACCAGACAGUGGCCCUAAUGAUGAUGAUGAUGCACAAGACAGAUCAGAUGGUAGUGACUGUGGACUAGGACCAGACACAAGUGACAAUUCUGAACAGCCCAACUUCGCUUUAGCACUGCCAUGCAGUAGUGGCUUGAAUUCAAGUCAGAUCAAUAAUUCUAAUGCUGAAAAUUCUGAUGUUAAUGAUUCUUCAAGUAGUUUUAACCAUCAGUUUUCUGAUGAAAAAUCUUUCAAAAGUAAUAUCAAGCGCAAAUUUGAGCAAACAGAUAAUGUUGAAGGCCCAAAAACAAAAAGAGCAAAACAGGGUAUACAUUUUGACAGUGUUACUGUAUUUUAUUUCCCAAGAGCUCAAGGUUUUUCAUGUGUCCCAUCACAAGGCGGGUCCACUCUGGGUAUGGAAUGGGAACACACUCAUAUGCAAAAGUUUACAUUAUCAGAACAUGCUUUGGAACAAAGAAGGUUACAUAGACAAAUUUUGCAACAGAUUAAAAAUGAACGUCACAAUAUGCAGGGGGUAACUGUAUCAUCAAGUGAGGAUAGUGACACAGAGGAAGAGACAAGUGAUAUUUCUGAAUCUGAGUUGGAUCUUGAUAGUUACUACUUCUUGCAACCUGUGCCUACUCGUCAAAGAAGAGCACUCUUACGUGCAGCAGGAGUUCGAAAAAUUGAAGGCUUUGAAAAAGAUGAAUGCAGAGAUAUAAGAACAUCCCGCGAGUUCUGCGGUUGUGCUUGCAAAGGCACAUGCAAUCCAGAAACCUGUUCUUGUAGUUUAGCUGGUAUAAAAUGUCAAGUUGACAGAUUGAACUUCCCCUGUGGUUGCACAAGAGAAGGCUGCUGUAACACCACAGGCAGAAUUGAAUUCAAUCCCCUUAGAGUAAGAACUCAUUUCAUUAACACCCUAAUGAGGAUAGGCCUUGAAAAGAAAAAUGAAGAAAAUCAAGAAGCUGCUAAACGGCAAUGGGCAGAGGCUUAUAAUGCGAGUAGCUCUACUUGCCUGAACACAACUUAUGAGAGGGAACGAUGUCUAAGUCAAGAAGAUGGCUUAGUGCGUGAUGUGAACUUGACUCCCAGGGUAGAAGUAGAGUCAUGUGUCAAUUCAGGUAGUUUCAAUAAUGUCCACUGCGAUAUCAACACAACCAAUAAAGAAGAUGCCACAUAUAGUUACAGGAACAAUGUAGGAGGCCAUCUUUGUGUCAACGAUAAUGCUGUUAGACAUUUUGAGGAUAAAAGCAAUGACCAUCACCACACUCCUUACACAUCCAGCAUGCUGCAGGGCAAAGGCCCACCUUACUCUACCUCUAGUACAUUGGCUUUCAAUACAAUGUCAAACAUGCAAAACUUUCCAUGUGAUCUCAACUAUGUUUAUGAGCAGCAUGCAGAGAGUCAUCAUUUUAAAAACCUUACCAGUUUUUCUGCAUCUAGUUUUGAAGAAUUUGCACAUUCGUCACAAAUAUCCAUGUACAAUCAUUAUGGUCAUCUAUACAUGCCUGACUACAUGCACAAACCAAGUCCAAUCAUGUCUGGCCACAGUUCUAUGCCAUACCAUGUCAUGGCACAGAAUCAUUAUGAUGCUUAUAAAAAUAACUCUGAAUGUGUAAAUGUGGAUAAUAAAAACGGGUCUCAUUAUACAACUUUAAUGACAUAUCAGAAUAGCAAUAGACUGCAGCCAGUUGAGAAUGAUGAAAAUUGGUUCAGUCACAAUACAUUAAUGAGUUUAGAUAAUUGUGACCACAUCACACAGGACAGUGUAAACGCUCAACUAACUCCUACUGAGGCUACCACAGAGACUGACACUGCGGAGCCUACGGAAAAUUUUGGUGAACUUAUAAAAAAAACUAUGGUAGAAUCUGUUACAGUGUAGUGAAUUUCUUGUUGUCUUUUAAUUAUUACAAUUAAAUGUUAUUAAAUUUUUAAUUAUAUUGA